GUCUGGUUUGCAUGGAGACGUCCCAGGUCUUCACCGAAACCUUUUCUUAAAUUGACGGACUUUUUUAUUAUGGCGACGAGGCUUUUCAAAAGUGACGCGCUUUGUACUUUAACGAGACUCCUUAUAGCCCUCGCGGCUACAGGCCUGCCGUGUACAUCAUGUUACAAUUUUGAAAACGAAUCGCUCGAGCCCGACGUUCAUCAUGGUAAUAUACUGAACCCCCUGCUGAAGGCUUUGUCAGAGCAAGACCCGUGGGGAGACUACACACCGCGAACCAAGCCUGACUCCAGAUAUGUGCGCUACAUGAAGAGACUGUACAAACAAUCAUCCAAACAUGACAGGAGCCACGAGGCCUCUCAGCUGUACAACACUGUCCGUCUGAUCACACCUCGAGAGGAGUGUCUCCAACAAAGCCGAGAAUUCAUGCAGGAUAUCUCCUACAGCCUAAAUCGAGUAAGGUCUCAGGAACAAUUACUCAAGUCCGUCCUGCUCUACUCCUUCGACCACAACCACAUUGCUCCCUUCACAUCGCUCUGUUACCUUGAUGUGAAGGAGCAGGAACCCUCCAAGGAUUACAUGUGUUCUGACCAUCUCAGAUCGCACCACACAGUCCCCCUGCUCAGCUUCCACGUCCACACCGAGAGGAGGGUCCGUCGCCGUUGGGUGGAGGUUGAUGUGACUUCCUUCCUCCAUCCUAUCAUUCAGGCCCACAAGAAGGACCUCCAUCUGCUUAUCAACUUGACCUGUAUUGAAGAUAUGAUCCCUAGACCUGGAGGCCAGAUCCACAAAAGCCCGGUGGAGUUAACUCACAGGUCUCCAUCUCUUCUUCUGUAUCUUAAUGAUACCAGCGAGGUUGCCUACCAGAGAAGGCCUAUGCGGAACAGGAUGGUAGACCUAUCAUCAAACCACUGGGAUGGAAAAUCUAGAUCGUGGAAUCCAGCUUCACGAAAGAGGCGUGGCACUCUGAAGAGCACCAGCACACCCAAGACUAGCGCAGAACCGAAGUCGCCGGACUUCGUUCCAAUGUACGACUUUCCUACGGAUGACUGUGACCUCUUUGAUUUCGGAGUGAGCUUCGAUCAGCUCAAAUUGGCCCAUUGGAUUAUAGCGCCUCAAAAAUACAAUCCGAGGUACUGUAAGGGAUCAUGUCCGAGGACUGUAGGAUAUAUCUAUGGGUCACCCGUACACACAAUGGUUCAGAACAUCAUUUACGAGAAGCUCGACUCCUCUGUGCCCAGGCCUUCAUGUGUACCCUCAGAAUAUGACCCCUUAAGUGUUUUGACCAUCGAGAAUGACGGUUCCAUCGCCUACAAGGAGUAUGAGGAGAUGAUUGCUACUAAGUGCACUUGUCGCUAAAGAUUAACUCCGUGUUGAAUCUUUAUGAAUUUUCUUUUUUUUGUGAUGCAUUGCUUUGUAAAACACUGACCUUUUUUGUUUGCCAAGGCCAUUCUUAUGAUUAACAGUGUAAAUGACUUAAAGAUAUGCAUCAGAUAAUUUUGGCUUUCUUAUCUGAUUCAGGAUUGUGUAGAAUAUUUGAAUGAAUUAUGCAGUUUUUGUUUCCAUGUAUUUUUUUCACAUUUUCUGUAUAAUAGUUCUGUAACAGGGUAUUUGAUUGACGGACAUUUUUUGUUGAUGACCAGUUAUGUUGUUUUAAGUUUUUUUCCUUUGUUUUGGUGGUCUUGUAUUGCACUUUCUAUACUUGAACAUGAAUGGCAAAAUUUUAAACUUCUAGUUCUGGACUGAAUAUGAAAAGUGUAGUUCUAUUGUCGUAUCAGAACACUUGAACACUUACGUUGUUUUUUUUAAAACCUGGGAAUUGCAGAUGGUUACCUUAGGGGAACCUCUCUCUUCUUGAUGUCCAGAAAAUAAGUUGCCUAUUAUGAGCAACUUGAUGUGUGUAUUAACAGCUUGAGAAUGUAAGUUUGUGUGUCACAUGCCUAUUUAUGUAUUUAUUGUUCAGGUUGGCUUUGGU